GGAGGGGAGAGGGGAGGGGAGAGGGAGGAGAAAGUGUUCUCGGAGAUGUGGAGUUGAAAGCGCCGAACUGUCUACCCUCCCACUCACAUAGUGUGACAGACGAGGGCGGGGGGAAUGGGGGGAGGGUGUCCACUAACGCCAGGAGGGCGAGAGAGGAGGGAGGAGGAGGAGAGGAAGAGGAAGAAGAGGGUGAGGAAGACAGCCCGCUCUUGCCGCUCGCUCCCUCCACAGGCGGCAGAAGAGCGCGUGGCUCGGGACUCACCAACAAGAGCGCGCGUGCACACACUGCUCACCGCAGCGACAUGAGGACUCCGGAGACAGGCGCGCGUGAGGCGACGACAAGGGGGUUAACGGCGGCCAGAGGGUUAACGGACUGGCAGCGGAACUGUUACGGCGAGUUCUCUCCCGUGCCCUGCACGCCGGGCGAUGAAGACAUGCUGUACGGGUCCAGUGACGUGGCCAUCAGCAGUGGGCGUGCGGCGGGUGUCCGGCACUGCCACAAACAGAGGAGCGGCUCCCUCAUGGACAAAGUGGCCCGUCGUCAACUCGUGGCAGUGGUGGUCCUGUGUACUGUGUUCAUGAUAGGCGAGGGUGUAGGUGAGUCAGUCA